AUGGGAAAGAAAAGAAGAGCCGCUAUUUUACCUACCAAUAUCAUUCUCUUACAGAAUGUUGUACGUAGAGAUCCAGAAUCUUAUCAUGAAGAAUUUUUACAACAAUAUUCUCAUUAUGAAUCAUUAAGAGAUUUAUUCCUCAUGAAUCCAGCUGGAGCAGAUAGAGCUACUGAAUUUGGAGAUUUGAUUGGAUUCGUAUCUGCUGUUUGUGCUUGUUAUCCUAAAGAAACUGCUAAUUUCCCAGAAGAAUUAAAGACGAUUUUAUUAAAUACUCAUCGUGAUUUAUCCCCUGAUUUAAGAGAAAAGAUUAUUCAAUGUUUAACAAUGUUAAGAAAUAAAGAUAUAAUCAGUGCUGAAUCUUUGAUUCAAACAAUCUUCCCACUUUUGACUGCUUAUAGUGCUGCUAAUUCUCAUGCUGGACAACAUGUUAAACAAAUGAGGCGACAAAUUUAUACCACCUUGAUUUCGUUGUUAAAAUCAGUAAAUACUGGUGCUAAGAAUCAAAAAUUAAAUAGAUCAACUCAAGCUUUAUUGUUUAAUUUAUUGGAACAAAGAGAUAAUCAAGGUUUAUGGGCUACUAAAAAUUGGUCUCUUAAUACCUCUUCUCCAUAA